AUGGAUGAGUACAGUCUUUCAGCAAUGCUAGAAUCCUUAGGCGAAUUGAAAUCCAGUUUUUCUGCCGCACACACAAGCCUAGAGGAAUUGGACUUCGACUCCAUUGCCAGCGACCUGCCAAGUAACUUCGAUGCUGCUCUAAUCAACCUUAGAGCUACACUGCAACGCGAGAUUGGUAAACGUAGUGCCUCGCAACAUUGCUCCACGCUCAGAAUGAACUCCAGUGAGACCCAAUCAAUCAUUGUGAACGCUAAUAGCUCACGCUUGCCAUUGCUGACACUGCCUAAAUUCAGUGGCGCCUACACCGAGUGGACAAAUUUCUAUUCAAUGUUCACGUCAAUAAUCGACAAGGACAGCGACCUCACCAACAUCGACAAAUUGCAGCAUCUUCGUUCCUGUCUGAGCGGCGCUGCCCUUGACACCGUGCGCUCGCUGGAAAUAAACGACGCUAAUUAUAACACUGCAUUAGAUCUUUUACAAAAGCGCUUCGAUAACAAACGUCUUAUAUUUCAGGCACACGUCAGGGAGAUAUUUGGGCUAGAGAGGGCAGAUUCAAACGUAACCAAGCUACGAGAGCUGACAGAUAAGGUCACAGCACACAUACGCGCAUUGCAGUCGCUCGCAUCCAAUGGGAAGAUCGCAGAUGGCAUCAUCGUACAAUUGGUGAUCCAGAAACUCGACAAAAAGACGCAAGCUAAAUGGGAGGAGAGUUCAUCGAUCAGCGAACUGCCAUCCUGGGAUCAAUUAGCUAUGUUCUUGGAGAAGCGCUGCAGAACACUCGAGAACGUUGAGCAUUCUAUGCAGACACCGACUGGUCAGGCGGUAAAAGCUAACAAGAACGUGAGUACUGGUCAGAGGAAAUCCUUUGUUGCUUCCAACGGCUCAAAAGGUGUUUGUGUGUUUUGUGGAUCUGCCGAGCAUGCAAUUUAUAGCUGUCAACGCUUCGCAAAUUUGUCUCCGAACUUACGCCUGAGGGAAGUUAAGAAGCUUUCCCUUUGUCUUAACUGCCUAAAGACUGGGCAUCAAAUUCGUGACUGCAAAUCCGGAUCGUGCCGCGCCUGUCAGUCGAAACACCACACGCUCUUGCAUUUCGAACGCUCAACUGCAUCGUUAAUCAAUAGUCAAGCCGAAGCUUCGUCGGCAGCUACAGUUCAAUCCAACGCUAUGACUGCAUCGUUAUCUGUGUCGCCUAGUGCCCCAGUAUCUCCUUCUGAUGCUGUGUUCCUAGCUACUGCCGUCGUUCUGGUAAAAAAUCGUGCUGGAAGCUUCGUGCCUUGCAGGGCGCUUUUAGAUUCUGGCUCCCAGUUACACUUUGUCACAACUCGCCUUGCAAACCAAUUGCAGCUUGUAAAAGCAAAAUCUUCUGCUACAGUAUCUGGCAUUGGAGAUGCCAAUUUCUCAACGGAGGGUUACUCAGUCGACCUCGUACUGAAGUCGCGGACUUCAGAUUUCUCAACAAACAUAACAGCUGUUGUUGUGCAAACCAUAACCGACAACCAGCCUGGCUGCUCCGUGAGCACCAACGAGUGGAAUGUUCCGUCGAAUAUACAACUAGCUGAUCCUGGGUUCAACUUACCGCAGCGAAUUGAUCUGCUCAUUGGAGCAGCAUUGUUCUUCGAUCUGCUAUGUGUGGGGCAGAUACGCUUGGCAUACGGUUUACCACUCCUUCAGAAAACACGCCUCGGUUGGGUGCUAUCUGGAGGGGGGCAACAAGCUCCAAAACUAUCAUCUUUUGUGGUGCGACGGAAGUCCUCCAGUGAUAUUAUUUCCACUCGGUUGGAAGAUUUAGUGCGUCAGUUCUGGGAAAUAGAGCACAACUUCGAGCCGAUCUCUAAGGCCUCCCAAGAAGAUAUCGACUGCGAAGCCCACUUCCGGGAAAAUUAUUUGCGAUUGUCAUCAGGCGAAUACUCAGUUCGUCUUCCCAUGAAGCGUGGUGUGGAGGCCCUUGGAGACUCCUAUUUGCAAGCUCGUCAACGCUUCGAAAGUCUUGAACGAAAAUUCGCUCGUAACCCUGAGCUUAAAACAGAAUAUAGUAAGUUCAUAAAGGAAUAUCUGGACCUUAAUCACAUGUCGCUAGUUACCAAUGAGGUUUUUCAACAAUGCAAGUAUUUUCUGCCGCAUCAUUGCGUCAUCAAGGAUGACAGUAGCACAACAAAGCUGAGAGUGGUUUUUGAUGGCUCUGCAUCCACUACUUCGGGCUUUUCGCUGAACGACCUACUCAUGGCAGGCCCAACUAUUCAGCCGAAACUUUUUAAUAUCCUUAUUAGAUUUCGUACUUUUCCCAUAGCACUUACUGGGGACAUCUGUAAGAUGUAUAGGUGUGUUCGCGUCACCCCACCAGAUAGCAUGCUCCAAUGCAUAUUGUGGCGUGAAUCUCCUCAGGAAAACUUUGCCAUCUAUAAGUUAGACACGCUGACUUAUGGAACUAAGCCUGCGUCAUUUCUGGCCAUACGUGCCAUGCACCAACUCGCAGCUGACGAAUCCUCGACUUACCCCAUUGGUGCAGAAAUAGUGCGUCGAGACUUCUACGUAGAUGACUUGAUAUCUGGAGGCGAUUCGAUGGAAGAAUUACGCAAGUGGUGCUCUAAUAGUCCAGAUAUCCUUCGUGAUAUACCUGACGUAGACAAGGAACGUUUCCUUAAGUUUGACGAUGGCAGUGACAUCACCAAAGCUCUGGGACUAGUUUGGGAUCCGGUCAAGGACAAGCUGCUAUUUUCGUUUGUGCCACAACGAGAACUCGGUAAAAACUCAAAACGCUCUGCGUUGUCUACUCUAGCUCGCUGUUACGAUCCCCUUGGACUAAUGGGCCCUACGCUGACCAAGGCGAAGAUUCUUCUGCAACGCAUGUGGAGAGACAAGCUUGAGUGGGAUGAGAGUCUACCGCAAUCGUUAAACACCGCCUGGUCUGCCUUUUGCAGCGGGUUUGCAGACAUACAGCACCUAUCAUUUCCUCGUUACGUCUUGCAACCUGGGGCCAUUACAGAAAUUCAUGCAUUUUGCGAUGCAAGCCUUGAAGCUUAUGGGGCUUGCGUUUAUACGCGUUCAGCCAAGGAUAGUAAGGUACAAGUGCACCUGUUGUGUUCGAAGGCCCGUGUCGCUCCACUGAAGACUAUCACCGUGCCCAAGCUGGAACUCUGUGCAGCAACACUGCUGGCACAACUCAUGGAUUCCUCCACUGUCCUCUCGUGGCUGCGAGAAGAACCAUCGAAAUUUAACGUAUUUGUCGCUAACCGAAUUUCCACCAUACAUCAAUUAACGGAGGGCAUGCGGUGGCACUAUGUUCCGACAGCAAUGAAUCCGGCGGACAUUUUAUCCAAAGGAGCUACCCCGCAGGAACUUCUAGGAUCUUCACUUUGGAUGCACGGCCCGUCAUUUUUGCGAGAAGUGGAGGGCAGCUGGCCGCGCAUGUGUCUACCACAACCAAAACUUCCAGAACUUCGACAAAAGGUGUUGCUUGCCGCACAUAACCGCAAUGACAUUUCGCUUUCGUUCAAGUACAUUAAUUCAUUUGGAACAAUGCAGCGCAUUUUUGGGUACGUCAGCAAAUUUGUCAAUAUUACAACAUCGCCAAGCUCUUCGCAGCUCACAGCCGCAGAUAUUCACCAUGGAACUCAACUGCUUAUUCGCUUAGUACAAAGAGCGCAACUUUGGCCGGAGUACACGGCAUUACAGGCCAAUAAUUGCGUCCCGAGUUCGAGCAGCAUUGUUUCGCUAUCACCAUUUCUUGAUGACUUUGGAAUUAUUAGAGUCGGCGGGCGAUUAAAAAACUCUAUGCUUAGUUUUGAAUCGCGCCACCCAUGCAUUAUUCCGAAGGAUCAUCCACUGACAUUUAGUAUAAUAACCUUUUUUCAUCGCAAACAACAUCACGCAGGUCCUCAAGCUUUACUCGCCUUCAUUCGAAUGCAGUUUUGGCCCAUAGGUGGUCGGAAAACAGUCACUCGAGUCCUACAAAAAUGCAUUAUUUGCUGCAAAUCGAGACCGCGCCUUGUCGAGCACAUAAUGGCCGACCUGCCUAAAGAGCGAAUUCAGGCCUCGCGCCCAUUCAUAGUCACCGGUGUGGACUACUGUGGGCCAUUUUAUUACAAGCCUGAAGUACGCAAUAAAUCGCCCCACAAAUGUUAUGUAAGCGUUUUCAUUUGCUUCGCCACAAAGGCUGUAUGGAUGGAGUUGGUAAGAGACCUCUCAACAGGUGCUUUCAUUGACGCGCUAAAACGAUUCAUCGCUACGCGUGGCAUACCCAGCUGCAUCUGGUCUGACAAUGCGACGAAUUUUGUAGGCGCCAAGAACGAGCUUAAAGAACUACGGAACUUAGCCCUCAGCGAGAAACACCGCAGCGAAGUCCACAACUUUUGCCUCAGUAAUGGCUUUGAUUGGCGUUUCAUCCCACCUCGCUCUCCGCACUUUGGCGGUUUGUGGGAAGCGGCCGUAAAAACAGCCAAACAACAUUUCUAUCGUUCCGUUGGCUCAUCACUGCUUGGCUUCGAUGAAUUGCGUACUUUGGUAUGUCAAAUCUGUGCUGUAAUUAACUCUCGUCCUCUCGUACCCCUUUCAGAAAACCCAGAGGAUUUAGAUGUGCUAACGCCAGGCCAUUUUUUGAUUGGUGGUUCUCUGACAGCUCUUCCGGAACCGGAUCUAACGACGCUAAACUACGACCGACUUGAUCGAUGGCAGCGUGCAACAUACAUUAAACAGGUUUUUUGGAAGCGGUGGACUCAAGAGUAUCUAACUCUUCUACAGCAACGCGCAAAGUGGCGUUUACCUCAUGCCAACAUUCAAGUCAAUGAUGUCGUAUGCAUAAAGGAAGAAAACUCACCACCACUGAAGUGGCCUCUAGCACGGGUAAUCGAAGUUGUCCCUGGAGCAGACGGUGUCGUACGUGUGGCACUUUUAAAAACAUCUAGCGGCAUAACGCGACGAGCCGUGAACAAGCUGUGUGUCCUCCCGGUGAAGGAUUCUGUUGAAAGCCCUGACCUUUCAACGGGGGGGAGGAUGUUCGGAGCAGCAGCGGAUAAGCCAGCAACAUAAAAUAUGUUUAUCAAAAUCAAUAUGAAUAACGUUAUCUGAUCACACUGAAAUUUUCAUACUCAAUUGAGCUGCAUAUUUACUUGUAUGUAUUUAAACUGUGCUAAUUUUGUUUCCCCUUUAUACUAUGUAUAAAGCAUACGUAUAUACAUACAUACAUAUAUGUAUGUGCAUACGUACCGCCCGCGCUCAGUUGGAUACAUUCGUAUGCAAGCAAGCGAAAAAUAGUACAUAUGUAUGUAAGCAAUAUUGUGUGCGCGGGUGCAUACGUGCAUAAAUAUAUAUAUGUAAAUUCUCAUGCAUUUAAGAAAACUGGUUUUCUAUUGUUGGUGAUGAAUUUGCAGU